AUGGAGCCAUCAACAACACCUCAACGGCCAGGUUAUCGUCUCAGUGGCCUGUCUUCUUUCAUUCCGCUCAACGAUGACACCUCGGCCGUGUCGACAAGAGGUCAGCGACUUCCAGGUCUCCUUCAAAGUCGUUCGAAUGCAUCGCUGUUUACUCUGCCUAAACGGUCGCAGGCUCGACGAGGGUCCUUCCACAGCCACGAUUCGACCGAGGACGAGGAGCAAGGCCCUAAAGACGACAGCGAACUAUUACAACGGCGUCGCACCCUGAACAUGGAGGGCGACAACCGGCGGAUGAGCGCUGGACUCGAGAUCCUCAUGACGCCUCAAAUGCGCAGUAUGCGGUUGAUUGGGAACAGCAAUCCUCGGUACCGGUGGCAUCAGUACUACAAGACGGAGGAAGAGCUGAAGAAGAUGAAGAAGCCUAUAAGGAAAUACUACGAGCGAAACAACUUCCUCAUCGCGCAAUAUAUGUACAUCGACAGACUCCUAGACUCGUCGCUUCCCCACAAUCUCAUUCAGGAGUACAACCAACCUCAAAACGGGGCUGCGUCUCAUAUGAAAACGAUCAGCGAGGAACCAUCGGCUGUCGCGACUACUGCUUCGACUACAACAGGCACCCCGUCCAGUACCGCCACAACGGCAGCAGAAGCGAGGUUGAAGCGCACGCCAAAGAACCUGUACAAGUUACCCAACGAGACCACGCCUUUAUUGACCGAUGACGAAGAAGCCCACCCAGAACCCUUCCCGAACAUCGAUUUCGACAAUAUGGACGAGAAUGUGGACUCGGACGACCCUAUCGUGAAGGUGGCCAUCUACGUCAAUCUCGCUGCAAACAUUAUCUUGUUGGUUGGGAAGCUCGUCGUGAUGCUAAUGACUUCGUCGCUCUCUGUGCUUGCCUCCCUCGUCGACGCAGCGCUUGACUUUCUGUCCACGGCCAUUGUGUGGACCACCACGAAGCUGAUUUCUCAACAAGAUCAGUACGCAUAUCCUAUCGGAAGACGGCGUCUCGAGCCAGUUGGGGUUUUGGUGUUUAGCGUCAUCAUGAUCACCUCAUUCUUCCAAGUCAGUCUGGAAUGUGUGAACCGCUUGCUUUCUCCCGACCAUAGUGUGGUCCAGUUGGGGGUCCCCGCCAUUGCCAUCAUGCUGAGCACCAUCGCCAUCAAAGGCUUCUGCUGGUUCUGGUGUCGACUGGUCAAGAAUAGCUCGGUUCAAGCUCUGGCCCAGGACGCGGCGACCGACGUGGUUUUCAAUUUAUUUUCCAUCGUGUUCCCCCUGGUCGGCUACUACGCUCAGAUCUGGUGGCUUGACGCUCUGGGUGGGUUGCUGUUGUCGCUCUACGUCAUGUUCAACUGGUCCAAGACUAGCAGUGAGCAUGUCCGGAAUCUGUGUGGAGCUGCCGCCACGGCCGAUCAGCGCAAUGUUUUGCUCUAUCUCACCAUGCGGUUUGCAAAGACCAUUCGCUACAUUCAGGGCCUGCAGGCCUACCAUGCCGGCGAUAAGCUCAAUGUCGAAGUUGAUAUUGUUCUCGACGAAAACAUGAGUCUGCGCGACAGCCAUGACCUGGGAGAGAGCUUACAGUACGUCUUGGAAAGUGUGCCUUUUGUGGAUCGCGCCUUUGUGCAUGCCGACUAUGCCGACUGGAAUCUGCCGAGUCAUAUGAAUCAACAGGCAUCUUAG